UGCUGCGAUAUUAGUCUUGGAUUUUAUGCUGUGCUCACUUCAUAUCAUAAACAACUAUCAUCGUGAAAAUCAUCGAUUGUGCCAAUUGGACAACUAAUAUCAAUAACUGUAAAAAACAGUACCAUAAAGAUGUUAAAACUAGAAAUGCCUGCAAUGAAAGAAAUAUUAGAAGAGGCUGGAGGAAACGAGGAACUUUUAGAAGAGCUACUGGAUAAAUUUCGACUAUGGUUGAAACAGCAACUUCAUCUUCCUCAAGAUAUCUCUGAACAACGAUUAAAGUUUUACGUUUACAGUGCAAAAUUUAAUUUAGAAAAAGCCAAAAGACGGUUGGAUUUGCAUUAUACUCUUCGUAAUCUGAUUCCGGAGGUUUACAGCACUCGUGACCCAUUGGCCGAUAGUGUAAUUCAAAUAACUAGAUGUGUGCAAUGGUUACCUCUACCAAAGUUAACACCGGAAAAUUUUAGAAUAAAUGUUCUGCGGUUUUUACAUACCGACAGCUCUGCGUUUGAUGCAUAUGUAACUGCAAAGUAUAUUUGCAUGAUAAUGGAGACGCGUAUAGAGGAAGAUAUAGUUAACUCCGAUGUUUUUAUUUAUGAUUGUACCAAUUUAACUCUCGGUCAUAUUUUGAAAUAUACACUACCUGUAUUAAAAAAAAUUGACACUAUCUUGGAAGCAUAUGGUACAAGAAUUAAAGCAAUUCAUAUGAUAAAUGCACCAAGUUUUAUCGAUGUUUUAAUAACAAUGAUUAAAUCAGUGAUGAAGGCAAAACUUAUUAAGAGAAUACAUGUUUAUACAUCUGGAGAAGUAUCAUUAUACGGGAUUAUAUCAAGAUCUAUUUUACCAAUGGAUUAUGGCGGUGAACAACCAUCAUUGGAUACUAUAGCAGAUAUGUGGCAAGCAAAAUUGAUGGAACGAAGAGAAUGGUUUCUGGAGCAAGAAAAAGUUAAAGUUGACGAAUCUCUCCGAUCAAAUUAACUUAAUAUAU